AUGGAGAAUGCCUCAAAUGAGGAUGAACUUAUAAGAAGCAUGUGCUUAAAUAUGUGGGGCAAGUUUGAUAAGUAUUGGGGGCAAUAUAGAGAGGUGCUUGCAUUCGGGGCUAUCCUUGACCCAAGGAUUAAAUUUCAAGUGUUGGAGUAUUUUUAUAGCACGGUUGAGCACGAUCCGGCAAAAUGUGAAGAGGCUUUCUCACAUGUGAAGGCAAAGUUGUAUCAACUCUUUGAGCAUUAUGUGAAUGCUACCGGUCCCGGCUCUGGCUCCCGCUCCGGCUCCCAUUCUUCACAUACACAACCUUUUCCGCCUCCGUCUACAAUGUCUACUUUGCAAAGUGGAUCAAGAUCAAUCUUCAAGGGAAAAAGAAAGUCUAGU